UUGGGAAGGGGCGGGCCUGCGCGCCGCACCCUGAACCCGCCCUUUCCGACCCAUCUGAGCAUCCGCUUCCGGCUUCCAGAGUGAAUUGGCGGCGAGCGGAGGCUGAAGUGCCGGAGGCCUGCGGGGCUUUGCUGGAGAUGGACAGCCGGAUUCCUUAUGAUGACUACCCGGUGGUUUUCCUGCCUGCUUAUGAGAAUCCCCCAGCAUGGAUUCCUCCUCAUGAGAGGGUAUACCACCCAGACUACAACAAUGAGUUGACCCAGUUUCUUCCCCGAAUCGUCACACUGAAGAAGCCCCCUGGAGCUCAGUUGGGAUUUAAUAUCCGAGGAGGAAAGGCCUCCCAGCUAGGCAUCUUUAUCUCCAAGGUAAUUCCUGACUCUGAUGCACAUCGAGCAGGACUUCAGGAAGGGGACCAAGUCCUAGCUGUGAAUGAUGUGGAUUUCCAAGAUAUUGAGCACAGCAAGGCUGUUGAGAUCCUGAAGACAGCCCGCGAAAUCAGCAUGCGUGUCCGCUUCUUUCCUUACAAAAAGUCAGUUUACUGCCCUGGAGCAAAGAAGAGAAGUCAGAGGGGGAUCGGAGCUGGACAUCUGAGUUGGUGGUGAUGGUACUAUGGAGGUUAGAAGCUGGGCUGUUUCUGUCCUGAGAUCAAGAUCUGUUUGCUGGCACAGGCAGGGACUCUGGAGAGGACCAAAGACUACCUCUUGGAGAUUUUCUCCUCCAGGUUUUCAGCACAGAAGCUCUUCACUUCAAAGUCAAUCCCACAGGCCUGCAAAAGUGAAGGGGCCAAGAGAAAUCACUUCUAACACUGCCUAUCCUUUCCUCUUGGGUUCUAUAAGGAAAUGCCUGACACCAUCCCUUAGCUGUCCAAUUUGCCAGUCUUUUUCAUUUGUCCCUCUGUCCUUCAUCCUAGCACUGACUAUCCCUCUUUCUCAGAACCCAGACCUCACCUUUCCUGCAUCUUCGGGACCUGGCUGCAGUGUCACUGAACAGGGCAGGUUAACAACCAUCUAGGGGAUCAGAAGGAGGUCAGCAAACAGAAGAAAUAGGGACCCCCCCCAACUGUGUUUUCCUUCUGUAGCUUCCUCUCUUAACAUUCCCUGGAAACCUUGCCCAGGAUUUGGGGGCCAGUACCUGCAGGGUAAAGGGGUAGGCAUUGUCCCCCAACUUUUGCAGCAGUCGCUCCUGUAGGACUGUGAGGGGCCCCUGGGUGCUGGUGGGCUCAGGUGGGAACACUUGCUGCACCUGUACAUACAGAUCUUUGCGGAAUGUCAGACCGAUCACGUCCAAGUCAUCAUGGCCAUAGCGAAAGGCACAUGUCAACAUGACAAACACUGCAGGCAAAGGAGGAAAAGAGAGUGAACUGUCAUGCCCAAGGGAGAAAGGAAGUUCUUAAAUGGCUCAUAGGAAGACAUGGAGAGACAAUGUAAUAUGAUUGAAACCAUAUGGCCAUGAAGAAAAGGAUAAAUACAUUUGACUACAGUAAAUUUUCAAACUUCUUUCCAUUAACGGUCUUUAUAAACACUGAAACAAGCAAAAGUCUGGGAGAAAAUAUUUGCAACAUAUAUAACAAACAAAAGUUUAGCAUUCCUAACCUGAAACUAAUGUAACACUGUGUGUCAACUAUACUUCAAUAAAAAAGCUUCACAUUUGUGAUAGAUAAAGAACUCCCACAAAUCAAUAAUUGAAAAAUACCAAUAUAGGAGUGUGCAAAGAAUAUGAAUAAGCUCUUUGCAGAAGCACAAAAUAGAAUGGCCGAUAAGACAGGAAAACAUGUCCAGUCUCAUCAGUAAUCAGAUAAAUGCAAACUAAAACCACAAUAAGAUAACAUUUCACACACAUCAGACUGUGAAAAAAUUUUAAAGUCUGCCAAUACGAAGUGUUGGUGAACAAGUGGAGCAAAAGGAGUUCAUUGCACACUCCUGGUCUCAGUAUAUAUUAGUACAACAACUUUGGAAAACUGGCACUAUCCAGUAAAACUCAAUCUGCUUGUAUAUUAUGACCUAAGAAGAAUUUAGAGGAACUCUUGCUCAUAUUUAUGAGGAGAUACAUAUGAGAAUGUAUUUGCAUCAGUAUUUGCCAUAGCAUAAAAUUGGAAAUAAUUUCAAUAUCUAUCAAUCAGUCAAUGAAAGAAUGGGUAAUACAGUUAUGGUAUGUUCCUAUAAUAGAAUGCUAAGCUGAGCUUAAAAUAAGUGAACUAGCACUCCAUGUAUUAACGUGGGUAAGUCUCAAAAACUGUUGAGUAUAAAAAAAAAGCUAGUUUCAGAAUGAUAUGCAUAAUCCGAUACUGUGUAUAUAAAGUUAAAAAGCAUGUAGAGCAAUCGAGCAAUACCAGAGCUUCUCACAGAUACAUAACUAUUAAGUAGAAGUAUAGGAACAUCAGAGGAAUAAUAAACACCAAAUGCGAGAUAGUGAUUCCCGGGGAGGAGGAGAGGAGGAUGGAAGAGAGGAGGAAGGGGAAUGGGAUUAAGGAAGGAUACAUGGGAGACCAGUUUGUUUCUGUAGUUCUUUUUUAAAGCUAGGUGGUGGGUACAGGGUAUUUAUUACAUAAUUCUAGGGUCAGACUAUCUGGGCUUGAAUAUGACUUGUACAAAUCCCUCGAGUUCUCUGAGCCUCAGUUAUUUCACCUGUCAAUAACAGGAUUGCACUACAAGCUCUCCAUAUGUUCUUUAGCCUUCACAACAAUCCUCUGAGGUAUUAUUAUCUCUGCUUUACAGGUAGAGACAAUGAGCUCAGAGCCAUUAAGUGACAGCCCAGGAUUUCAACCCAGGCCUUUUGACUCCAAUGCCCACGCUUGUGCAUGCCCAAUCUAACUCAUAGGAAUUAAUGUGAGGAGUUGACAUAUGAGAAAUCACUUUGGAAAUUGUAAUUAUAGAUUUGAAUGACGAUGAUGAUCAUGGGAAUAUUGGCAGAAAUUGAACAGUUAUAAGUGCACUCAUGCUUUGCAGCUGAUGCCUAAAAUUAGGGGCAAAUAGAAAGCUGCUUCAAUGAACUAUGGGGUAGUGAGGGCUUCAAUGAAGAGUGGGAUGGGGUACAGAGGGCUACCUGUCCAAGGACAGAGUGACAGAGAUUGAGGGAAGAAAAGAUGUAAAACGGGUGAGGAAUCUUCUAUCAGGAGCCCUGACCCAAAGGAAAGAAAACUAACAACAGCCACACACUAGUAGAAAGCAACUUAUUUCAGUAUUUUUAAGAGAUCAAAAUAUCUACUGAACAGCCGGAUUAUCUGCUUCUAAAAUUAAGCACAAGGAAAAGGAAUCUAUAUUCAAAAGAUACAAUGAGGACUGAGAGUAAUGAUAAUGGUAGCGUUUAUAAAGACUGGGGCAAUGGGCAGUCUCAUGUACUGCAGGAGGGAGAGUCAGUUGAUAAACAAUUGAUUUUGUAAGGCAGUUUGGCAAUAGAAAUCUUUAAAAACGUCUGAAUGCCCUUCGGUCAUUGUUUUCUUCUCUAGGCAUUUAGUCUAAAGAAAUGAUUGGACCAAUACGAAGGACAUAUAUAUGUUUGUGUACACACACACACACACACACACACGAAGUAUAUAUUUUACAGGGUUAUUUAUAAUAGCAAAAAAUGUCCAAUGAUUGAAGAUUGGCUAAAUAUAUUAUGGUACCCCCCCCAUGCAAUACAUUGACAUAGGUGAAAAAGAAGAUUAGAAAAUAUUUAUAAUAUAGUCUAUUAAAUAAAAAUAUAGCUAAUUUUGCACGGAAACUAUGAAUGAAUAGGAGCUAAAAUAUUAUUAGUGAUUAUCUUUGAGUGACAGGAUUGCAGUCUCUUUUUACUUCAUCUGUACUUUUUAAUUUUUCUACAAUGGAGACACACUUAACGAUUUUCAAAAGAUAUGACAAAUUCCCCCCUUGGUUGUCAAUUACAACCAAUUAAAGAGGGAGAGAAAGUGGGGCACCUGAGUGGCUCAGUUAGUUAAGUGUCUGACUUCAGGUCACGAUCUUGCGAUUUGCGCGUUCGAGCUCUGCAUCAGGCUCUGUGUUGACAGCUCAGAGCCUGGAGCCUGCUUCGGAUUCUGUGUCUCCCCCUCUCUCUGCUCCUCUCCACCUUGCACUCUGUCUCGCUCUCUCUCUCUCUGUCUCUCUCUCAAAAGUAAAUAAACAUUAAAAAAAAAUUUAAAAAGAGGGAGAGA